CGGAAGUAAAUAAGCGAAGCCCGGAAGUUUACAGUCUCAGUCACAGCCUGCAGCAGCCUCGUUAACAUUCAAAGCAACACAUUCAUUUUAUUAUUUACUCUUCUACAGCGUAACUUACCAUGUCUGAAAGAAAAGUCUUGAAUAAAUACUAUCCGCCAGACUUUGAUCCGUCGAAGAUCCCCAAGCUCAAACUCCCCAAAGACAGACAAUAUGUGGUCAGAUUGAUGGCUCCUUUCAACAUGAGGUGUAAGACUUGUGGCGAGUACAUCUACAAGGGAAAGAAGUUCAACGCCCGUAAGGAGACCGUCAUGAAUGAGCUCUAUAUGGGACUGCCCAUUUUCCGAUUCUACAUCAAGUGCACUCGCUGCCUUGCUGAAAUCACCUUCAAGACGGAUCCCGAGAACACAGACUACUCCAUGGAACAUGGAGCCACCAGGAACUUCCAGGCAGAGAAACUCAUCGAGCAAGAAGAAACCAAGAUUGUGAGGGACCGCGAGGAGGAGGAACUCAACAACCCCAUGAAGGUGCUGGAGAACCGCACGCGGGACUCCAAGCUGGAGAUGGAGGUCCUGGAGAACCUGCAGGAGCUGAAGGAGCUGAACCAGCGGCAGGCUGCUCCGGACUUCGAGGGGAUGAUCGGCCAGGCCCGGGAGCUGGAGCAGAGGGAGAAGGAGCGGGAGAUAGAGGAGGACGAGAGGGAGACGCAAGAGAUGCUGGGCCGUGCGUUGAUGAAGAGGCUUCGGGACUCGGACUCGGACUCCGACCAGGAGGAGACGCCCAGCGAAGCCCCGCCCAGGGAGGGCACGCCCAGGGAGGCCCCGCCCCCGGUGUCCAGCGCCGAUCGACCCACGGAUAUCCUCACCGCGGUUAAACCCUCAGAGACACAGGGCCCCUCGGUGGGGGCUGUGAAGAAGGCCAAGGUGGAGCGAUGGGAGAAGAGCGUGGGGAAGCUGGGCGGUGGGGGGGCCCUGUCCUCUCUGGUGGUCAGGAGGAAACCUGCGGCAGCGCCCCCUGCUGGCUGCAUCUCCAAACCAGGCCCUAAAGGGAUACCAACGGCCAACAGUGUCCCUAUGAACGCCGCCCCCCUGGCCGUCCACAGUUCCUCCCUCAGCCUGUUGGGGGCGUACUCGGACAGUGAAAGCGAAUGACACGAUAGAAAAUAUAUUGCGACCAGCAGUUUUCAGGCACUGAACUGUUUUUAUGGAUGGGAUUCUGUUGUGUAUCGCAGUUUAACAUCGUGUCUGUGUCCUGCUUCUCUUUCAUCUGAAACCAUUGCACCCAUGGGUUAACUCACUGUCAUCUGUUACAUGGAAAUGUCUGUGAAUUGAAUUCAGAUAUUUUGGUAAUAAAAUUAAACUUUUGUCCAUA